AUGGCCGUCUGGGGUCGGAUCCAUCUCACGUAUCACAUCGCCGAUUUCGUGGCUGUGUUCUUCGACCCGAGCGGCAGCUUUCCUCUCGAUCUGAACGGCGACAACAUUCAUCCAACCAACCGCCGUAUGAGAGAUGCGGCUGCCAGCAGCGCAAUCCCCAACGGCUCUCAGAAAGUUUCUGAGAACGGAGAUGGCUCCUUCAUCACCGAUGAGGCUAUUGAUUCUUUGUCGGUCAAG